AUGGCAAUCGAAGCUUUGUAUGAGAAGAAACCCUACUUUGGCGUUCAAUUGCCUUCAGGUCAGGUGCUCUUGCCAAUUCAAAUAGAAACUCAUAAGGACAAGAAGGGAAUCAUUCAAACGAAGGAGUUGAAUGUGUUGUAGAUUCCAAUAACUUUCACGCCUAGAGAGUUGGUCAAAUAUGACGAAAGUGUGAUCUUUGACAUAAAUGGAUUGCAAAAGGUGGAGGUGAGAUUUACAGGAGAAGGAGUUCCUUUGAAAUUGGACUUAUUGAAGACAGAAUACUAAUUUGUAGAUUUUGGAAUUUAUGGUGUUGGACAGAUUGGAACUGAAGUAGUUUCUUUGGUGAAUAAUUCACAAAAGAUGGUCACCUUGAUCUUCGAGUAGGACUUGUUGAAAGAGUUGAAACAAAAAUAUUUCAUAAAGGUAAGACCUAAGAAGGAGUUUGUGAUCAAUCCAAGGGAGAGAAAAGAAAUUACUCUGACCUUUAAACCUCAAUAGAGAUUGCAUUCCUUCAAGACUGAUCUGUUCUUUAAGAUAGUGGAAAACAAUGAAGUGAGAAAACUAUUGACAUUGUAAGGAGCCUGUCAUGGCAUAGAGUUGAAGUUGAUGGAGGAUACCAUAGGAUUUGGAGGAGUCGUUAUCAAUUCAAGACUUACAAAGAAUGUGCAAUUGAGUAAUUUGGGAGAUGUUGCUGCUAAAUUCCAAUGGGAUACCUCUUUUUGUAAGAACUACUUCACCAUCACCCCAUUGUCAGGAACAUUGCCAGCUCAUGAAGACCUAUAAUUUUAGAUUACGUUCCAUCCGAAUGCUAUUGAUAAUGACAUCAGAUUUGAUAAGGUGAAAUGUUUGAUCCAAAAUUCAGAUCCAUUGUACUUGAACCUCUUAGGCAAAUGCAUAGAAUAGCCAAAAGAAUAAAUCCAAGAAGUGAAAUUUGAGACUGUUGUGAGAGUACCCCCUUCUAAAAAGGUCACUGUCAAAAAUCCAACUCCAAAACCCUGGAAAGUCAAAGCCUCAGUGUCUGCCUUGUUGCCUUAAUUUAAGGAUUACUUUGAAGGCAAAGAAUACAUAGAAGUCCCAGCCAAUGGAUAAGCAGAAUACGAAGUCGUUUACAAGCCUUUAACAAUGACAUCCAAUCCUUAAAUCUAAAACUUACAGGAUCAACACGAAGGCUCGCUCUUUUUCCCAUUACCUGAUGGGUAGGCUCUUCUCUACAACCUAUUUGGUAAGAGUUUGCCACCAUUACCAUAAACUGUGGAUACAACCAUGAAGGCCAAAAAGAACACAACCCAAGUGUUGCAAGUGAAAAACUGGUUGAAGACAAGUCAAAGAUUCGAAGUUACCUGGACAUUAGAGCCUGAAGAUCCUUCUAUUAUUCUAAAUGGAGCCAACACUUUCGAAGUAUCUAGUGAAGGAACUAAGGAGUACAAACUCACCAUAUAUGGACUUAAACAAUCUUAAAAUAAGGUUACAGUCUAUUUCAGAAAUGCGAUCACCUAAGAAUUUGUGUUCUUUAAAAUUAAUCUAACAAUUCAACCACCAGAUCAAUUACCAAGAAUUGAAUUGACCUCCAUAGUUAGGGAAGUGGCAACAAAGUUGAUUACCAUCGAGAAUCCAAUCAAUUAGCCUGUUGAAUUUAAGAAAGACCAACUUAUAGCUGAAGCCGACAGUAUCUCAUUCAAUCCUUAAUAAUUCGUAAUCCCACCUAAAUCUGAAUUCGGUCUUGAAAUAGCCUACAGACCUUUGGUGGUGCAAGACAUUCAAUCCAAGAUCACAAUAAAAUCAGUUCAAUUGGGAGAGUUUGUCUAUCCUCUGAAAUUAUAAGGAUUACAGUAGAAUGUUUCAAGAUCACUCUAUUUCAAAGCAUCUUUGGGCACUGAAAUGGUCUUGCCAUUCAAGUUUAUGAAUUUCACAAAGAAGCCGACUGUGUACACAUGCUAUGCCACCAAAUUGGGUCCGAAUGGAAAACCACUUCCUGUGAACAUAGACCCAAAGGCUAAAGGUGCUCCAGCCUAGACUACAGACUUCAUUUGCGAAUAAGUUCAAUUUUAAGCACCUUAAUCUGAAUCAUUUGAUGGGGUUGAAUGUCAGAUCAGUGUGAAGUAUGAACCCAGCUAGUCUCUAAUGAAAGCAGAGGUAUCUUAGUUGCUGCAAUCGCCUGAUGGUGGAGAAUAUCAAUGUCUGCUGAUUGGAUAAGGAAUCACUCCCUAACCAAAAGGUCCAUACAAAUUAUCGGGUGCCAAACCACCUGCUAUUGAAUUUAAGAAUCCCUUCUUUGAAGCUUAAGAGUUCACUUUGAGAAUUGACAAUCCUGCAUUUACUUCUUCAGUCAAGUCCCCUAUCAAAGUUGAUGGUAAAAAAGUAUUGAGCAUAAACAUCACCUACAAAGCAGUACCAAAUACAAGCAACAAUGGAAGAUUAAUAAUUUCCUGCGGAGAUUUACCACAAUGGGUAUUCUAUCUAUAAGGAGAAUGAAUAAUAUUAUUAAUAUUUAAUAUGUAUUCAAAUCAUUAUUAA